AUGGCGAACAGUUAUGCUAAUAAGAGAUGGCUUCCCCUUGAAGCUAACCCCGACGUCAUGAACCAGUUUAUUUGGGGACUUGGUGUUGCGCCGCAUGAGGCCGAGUGCUUCGAUGUUUAUGGACUCGAUGGCGAAUUGUUGGAAAUGGUUCCAAAACCUGUGCUCGCUGUCUUGUUCCUCUAUCCCUUGACUUCACAGGAGCCAGACAGUGGGGUUUACUUUAUGAAGCAAACUGUUGGAAAUGCCUGUGGAACCAUUGGUCUUCUUCAUGCUGUUGGAAAUAUCACUUCCAGGAUAAAACUUGUUGAGGGUUCUUAUUUGGACAUUUUUUUCAAAACGACUGCAAAUAUGAAUCCAUCAGAGCGUGCCUCAUUUCUUGAAAAUGAUAGAGAAAUGGAAGUUGCUCACUCAGUUGCAGCUACUGGUGGUGAUACAGAGGCAUCAGAUGAUGUAAACACUCAUUUCAUCUGCUUUACAUGUGUUAAUGGUGAGUCCUUUUUCUCCCCGUCGAAGCAUGAACUUGAAAGGCAACUGUAUGAGCUUGAUGGAAGGAGGGCCGGACCAAUCACUCACGGUGCAUCUUCUCCAGACACCUUAUUACAUGAUGCUGCUAAAGUCAUUCAAAAGAUUAUCCAGAAAAAUCCAGAUUCUAUCAACUUCAAUGUCAUGGCUACUCGAAGAAAGUUGGAGCUUCGGAAUCAUGAACGUGUUCAUGCGUUUUUUUUUCCACUUUAUUUACUGCCUUCAACUUUGGAAUGUUCUAAAGUAGGUAUGUUACUUGCAUUAUGGCUGUGUUUGAUAGACAAAUAAACUAGCUUAUAGC